UUUCACUAAAAAUAUCUUCUGGUUGGAAUCAUUUUGUGAAAUAAAGUUUUCCCACUUCUUCCCACAAUGAAGUAAAACAAUUUUUUUAGUAGUACUUACGAUGUACUGUGUUACUGUAUUAGAAAGUGUGAUGCCAAACAAAUGAAAAUUUACGUUAGAUCUCUCUCUUAUCAUGCUUUUCAACAAAAACUAGUUGAGUUUAUUAACUAAACUUGUUAAAGUCAAGAUGAGGCUGUUUUUAUUCCAUUUAGUGAUUUUAUAUCGAAAUUGAGUUCGUAUUAAUUAUUACAAGGAAUUAGUCAUAUUACAUUCCAAAAUUAAUGAAUAUUAUUGUAAUUUAAACAACAUUUAAUUCGCCCUGGUUUGUAGCAGUACGCGGCUCAUGACAUGACUGUUCACUGUGUUCGUUUCAUUCUCGAUAUCGAUUCCUUCGCAGGCCGCUAGAGCGCACUCACGUCAAAAUUCUCAAAUAUGGCGGCGCGAUCAAUGAAGUUGUAAUGUGUAGUGAGUGAAGUCUAGUGUAAAAAUUGAAAUGUUUAAUUUUGGUGUUGUUUUUGUGUGUGGUUGUUAACGUUAAUGGGCCAUGGGAAGGGGCCAGGAGCUUUUAAACGCCGCCCGCGAAGGCGACAAGCGGACAGUGGAAAAAAUACUUGGCCAAAUAACUAAUAUAAGUGGUCCAUUUACAAGUUUCAAAAAUAUUCUUCAAGUUGGAAAACCCCGCGGAGUAGAAUUACCCGUACCGGUCACCGAGCAAGUCUCAAAAUUGGAAAAGCCUGAGGAACCAUCUUGCUUGCGUCGGGGUGCGGGUGUGAAUGUACAGGAUGAUAACGGUUAUACACCACUUCAUCAAGCAUGUUUGAAUGGACAUCGUUGGCGCGUGAUAGUCGUAAUUGUAUCCGCCUCUCAUUUAUUAAAACGUGACUCGGUUUGCGUGCGCAAGAGUCGCCUAACUACUGGAUUGAUUGACGGUGAAUUGAACAAGUGGUGGUCAGGCGUCGGGCCGGGCUGCUGCACCGCGCCCGCCGUGCCGAGUCGCGCGUGCGAUGCGGAGCGGUCCCCGCCGCCCGCGCCGCCUCCCGCUCCGCCUGUGCUUUGCGCCAGACCCUGCUGUCGCGACGCCACAGUCGCAGAUAGCAUUGAACCUCGUCGCGUCGUCGUUGAACAAGUCGGCAGCGGCGGCGGCGCGGGCGCGAGCGGCGCGCGGCACAAGACGGCUCCCCAGGCCGCAACGACGACGGCACACAGCAAGCAGCUGGCGGCGGGCGGGGCCAACCACCCGCCCCAGCCGCAAGGUAACCAUAAACAUCCACAAGGAAACAAAAAAUAUGAUAAUUCUAGAAGACCGACAGCUCGAACAAAACGCUCCGGCUGUGGUGGCGAUGGCGACUACCAGCUGGUGCAACAUGAGGUGCUCUACUCCUCGUCCAAUAGGUACGAGGUGUUGGAGUUCCUCGGCAGAGGUACGUUCGGGCAGGUGGUAAAGUGCUGGAAGAAAGGCACUAAUGAGAUAGUCGCCAUCAAGAUCCUCAAAAACCAUCCUAGCUAUGCCCGCCAAGGACAGAUUGAGGUAUCUAUUUUGUCCCGGCUCUCGCAGGAGUCAGCGGAUGAAUUCAAUUUCGUCCGAGCGUAUGAAUGCUUCCAGCACCGCUCACACACGUGUCUUGUGUUUGAGAUGCUGGAGCAGAACUUGUAUGACUUUCUUAAGCAGAACAAGUUCUCGCCGCUGCCUCUCAAAUACAUCAGGCCUAUACUCCAGCAAGUCCUCACGGCGUUACUUAAACUUAAACAACUGGGUCUAAUACACGCGGAUCUGAAGCCAGAAAACAUAAUGUUAGUUGAACCAGCGCGACAGCCAUACAGAGUCAAAGUCAUCGACUUUGGAAGCGCUUCACACGUCAGCAAGGCCGUCUGUAAUACGUACUUGCAGAGCAGAUACUACAGAGCACCAGAGAUAAUCUUGGGGCUUGCAUUCUGCGAGGCUAUCGACAUGUGGUCGUUGGGCUGUGUGGUCGCGGAGUUGUUCCUGGGCUGGCCGCUGUACCCCGGCUCGUCGGAGUACGACCAGAUCCGGUACAUCUCACAAACGCAGGGUCUACCAACUGAACACAUGCUCAAUAGCGCUAGCAAGACGGCGAAGUUCUUUUAUCGUGAUGUGGACAGUACAUACCCAUUCUGGCGUUUGAAGACCCCUGAGGAACAUGAGCUGGAGACAGGCAUUAAAAGCAAAGAAGCCAGGAAGUACAUCUUCAACUGCCUUGAUGACAUAGGCCAGGUAAAUGUACCGACGGACCUUGAAGGCGGCCAACUUUUAGCUGAGAAAGCAGACAGAAGGGAGUUUAUUGAUUUACUGAAGAGAAUGCUCACUAUGGACCAGGAAAGACGAAUAACUCCUGGUGAAGCAUUGAAUCAUGCUUUCGUGACACUCGCCCAUCUCGUGGACUACGCGCACUGCAACAACGUCAAGGCGUCCGUUCAAAUGAUGGAGGUAUGUCGUCGUUCAGGCGGCGGCGUGGGUGGCGUGGGCGGCGUGGGCGGCGGCGGCGCGGAGUACGUGUCGGGCGUCGUGGCCGGCGCCGCGCCGCCGCACCAUCUCGCGCUCACCAUCAACCAACAGAGGCUCAGGGCGGCGCCUUAUGACAACCUUUACCAGUUAUACCAGGGCGGUCGUGUAGCAGUGGGAGGUGCCCGUCAGUACGCGACGCGUGCUGCAGAACCAUUCCCUCAUCAAUUCGUCUCGUCCAUCCUCUGCCAGCCAGCAUACCAGUACGAGCUCCACCAGGUGCAGCAGUUGGCUGCGGCCGCUGCAGCCGCCGCCGCCGCGCAUCAUCAGCACGGCGUGGCGGGCGUCGCAGGCGUGGCUGGCGUGGCCGGCGUGCCAGGCGUGGCCGGCGUGCCGGGCGUGGGAGACGUGAGCGGCGUGGCGGAAUGGCGCGCACCUCUCAUCGUGGAACCAGCGCCCAUGCCUGAACCUGAUGUAUGGGAUGCCUUCCAUCCGCAUCAUCCACAACAUCAUCACCCGCAUAAGAGAUCAACAAAGCAGCAGACGACGGUGCCGCACUACCAACCGCACCACCAAACGCAUCAAUACAGUAUGGCAAGCAGCGGCGGUAAGAAGGAGCCGACACAACUGUCGCCGGUGAAGAAGCGGGUGAAGGAAGGAACUCCACCAUCUAGGCAUAGGCAUCAUCAUCACGACCACACUGUCCGCGGCGCCGCGUGGGAGGGCGGGGGCGGGGGCCCCGCGGGCGCGGCGCACACGAUCACGAUCCGCGACACGCCGUCGCCCGCCGUGUCCGUCAUCACCAUCUCCGACUCCGACGACGACAACGACGCGCCGCGCCGCGCCAGCCACGGGCAGCCGCACAACAAUACUGGCGGCAACGGUGAGUGCUUAAGCGGUGCGGUGGCGGGUACAAGCUCGGGCUCCGGCGGCGUCAUAUGUAGCGCGCGCUCGCCCAAGGACGACAAACAUGUCAAGCAUGAACCGCACCAGAACUGUCACCAUCAUCAUCAGCAACCCCAGCCGCAACAGUCAUCAGCGGCGUCCCAGCCGGGGCGGGCCGCCGCCGUGCCCGUGGCCACCCCGCAGAGCCAGAAGAAGCGGCUGCUGGCUCUGGCGCAGCAGGAGGCGCAGGCCAAGCGGGAACACGAACACGUACACUCACAUCUACCUCCCAGCGGGUCAACAGUACGUCAAACGAACGACUAUCAAUGCAACCAGUAUGUGCCGGCGCAGCACAAUAAGAGAGAUAGUAGCGGCGGUUGUCGCGAGUACCUGACUAAUGGAGCUGGAGUAAGCGGAGUGAACGGCGUGGGUGGCGUGAGCGGCGUGAGUGGCGUGAGUGGCGUGAGUGUGAGCGUGAGCGGCCCCCCCGCGGCACACAAGCACGCCGCGCCCCACGCCUGGCACCACCACCCACAUCCACACUACAAGACCGGUAGUGGUGGAGUAUUGUCCCCGGGCGGGGGAGUGUCCCCCGGAUAUUUGCCGCCACCUCUAUACGUACCCACAUACCACUAUCAUACUGGCGGCGUGGGCGGCGUGGGCGGCGUGGGCGGCGUGGGCGCGCCCCCGCCGGCGCACCACGCGUCGGGCGGGCGCCUGCCGACGUACCUGCAGCCGUACUCGCCGACGUACCUGGUGCCGCCGCAGCAACACCUGUGGUACACGGACUGACACUAGCUCGGCGCACGCACUCCGCACUACUUCUCAAUCGAUCGAACGUCUUUUGUAUUCUUUCUUAGCGAUGUACGCCUGUAAUCGCGCAUAUUCGAAUUAUACUUAAUCCGGUAUAAAUGUUUAAUCGUAUUUGUUUACAUGUGUAAUUUAUUACAUGAUAGCGAUGUAUGAGCGCUUUUAAAUGUAUGUAUAAUAGAUUAGUGAAUUAUUUGUAUCGUUCGAUGUCGGUGUCUGUACUGGACGUAUGAACACGGUUUGUUCACAUGUAUUAUAUGGAUUGUAAAUUUCGCGUUAUAUUUUGCUGAUAAAGCGAGUAGGUUGCAUUUACUAAUAUUUUAUCAUAGUUUAGUGUUUGUACCAAAUCAUUUUAAUGGGGAAUUAAUUGAUGUAAAGAGUAUGUAACUAAUGUGUUUGUGUGGUGAUGCGCGACGUACGCGACUCGUUUUAGUUUACGUCACACUGAGUUUGUCAAUUAUAAAGUUUUAUUUGUGUUGUACGUGUUGGAGACACGCUUCAGAUAUACGAGUAUCGGCUGUACCGACAGUACCGAGGUUUGAGGAUAAGAGUGUUACGUUCCAAGUGAUGCAAACAUUUAUUGCUGUGUCUAUCUUAUAUGCAAAAUUAAAGGGUUUUAUAUUACGUAGGAUAACUAAAUGUGUAGGGCGCGGUGAUGGACUACUUGUAUAGAUGUAGAUUCGAGUAUAUUAAACGAAAUAAAAAAUCUAUCUAAGAUAUUUUAUAAACAUUUAGUACACACUAAUGAUUAACUAAGAUUGUAAUAAUGCAUGUAUAAUCCACAUUAGAUAGAAUGAAAUUGUUUAAAAAAAUUUAAUAAUGUCCUUUAUAGAAGAUGAAAAAAAAUUUAUAUGUUAUGCAAUUAUUUUUACGACUGCAAUUGAUUUUAGUUUUAAUAUUUUGAUAAGUGUUUAGUGACACUAGAGAGCUAUUAUAUUUCGCUGACUUGAUACGCGUCGAUUAACGACUGGGUAUUUCAGUUUCGCAGUGUUUAACAUGUGUGUAACCUGAUGGUGGGUGUGACAGGCCCGGAGUAGCCCGGCCGCGCCGCGAUGUAUAAGUAUUACAUAAAUAAGUCAUAUCGUACAAGUUCCCUAGCAGUAACACUACCCGACACACGCCGCGCGGCCCGCUCAGUGGACGCUACGGACGCACGACGCUCGCAAACUAUAUUCCUUACUAUAUAAUUAUAAUUAUAUAUUAUAAGAUGCAUCACUUUUACUAUAUCUGCUAUAUAUUCACAACAAUCUUUAUUAGAUAUUGAACGCUUUUUUCGACAAAGUUAUCGAACUCUAUUUAGAAGUAUUACGAUGUUAUUACUAAUUGUAACUUUGAUGUAGCGUGUUUUUAUAGAGCUUUUGGUGUCAUGCAACCGCCAGUAUCGACGGGUAAUGUGCUUAUGUGUCUGUUUAUCCUAUAAAUUAAUACGAUAUCGUCCUACUCGGGACUUUUUUAACAAAUUUGUAGAUUAUCAUUAACGAAGUAUAUCGUCGUCUGCCUCCCGUAGCGUACACUAAGUACAUUUUUUUAAUUUUAUUAUUACUAUUUGGUUUAUCAUUUUAUUUAGUAUUAAGUGUUUAAUUUAUAAAUAUCCACCAUUUAAUCGCAAGAUACUAUACACCACUGCAUUAUUUUAAAAUUCAUAUUAAACAUGUGUUAUAUGACAAGACUACUAUGUAAUAUUAUUAGUUUAACAUAAAGUUAGUAGGCAUUAGUUUUGCUGCCCGACAAUAAUGAUUAUGUUUAGUUUCGUAUUUCUAACGGUUGUAGUUAUAACUAUGUUACUUUAUUUUGUUUUAUCGUCAACUGGUUAGUUGAUAUCGGGCACCGUAGUGAAUACGUCAAUAUUUAUAUGUUGAAAUACUAUUUAACUAUUAAAACUCCUAAUCAAUUAUCUAAGGAUAUUCCGUUUUCCAAUGUAUAUUUCUUCUUAGUGUUUCGUCGAAUUCUCAAACGUAUUCCGUAAGUGACACGCGAUGAUUGUCACUUGUGUGUGUACCCCGGUACAGGAUUACCGUUUGAGAAUCCGGGGGUAAUUGUAUCACAGAAUGUUUUCACAAUAGACGAGGAAAUGUGUCUUUUUCAUGUCCUUUGUAACGGACAUUCUGCCAGACUUACUCAGUACGACGCCCGACGUUACGCCGACCUGCGACUGCCCGCUCCUUGGAAGCGACGAGGCGACUAUUGUUUCUAUGUUUAUAUUUUCAUUAAUCACUCAAAUCUAAUCAAUUUUUGUAUAUUUCUUUGUAUGUGCAAUAAUAUGAGAUUUUAUUAUGAUGAAUAAAUUAAUCGGAUGCAAUAAUAUGUAAAAUGAAUGUAAAUUAUUUUCAAUUUUAUGUGAGAAUCAGUUUAUUUUUAUACAAUUAAGUGUUGAAAACACUAGUAUUCUGUUCGAGCAACAGUUUGCGUAUGAUGUGAAUAGUGUUGUAUAGUGGAGUCUGGGGUCUGGGGUCUGGGGUCGGUAAGGGCCGGCCAGUCGCCGCGGUCGGCGGUAGGAAGCGAGAUUGCCCCCUCUGGCGAGGCUUUAGUCAAUGAUCUCUGUUGAAACGUGCACAUAUUAUAACUAUUACCCCUACGUAUCGCUAUGUGGCACGGCGUUAGUUCGUCUCAAUCUUUUGUUUUAGUGAUUUUAUUAUUUCUAAGCUUUUAUUGGAGUUUUGGGGUUUAUUUUUAAGCGUAUUAACAUAAUGGAAUGUUAACACAUUUUCUAUAAUAAUUUUGUCCUAGUUCAUAUUAUAUACGUUAUACGUCUGCUUACGGUAUCGUUUGAAAUUGCCUUAUUAUGUUUUAGUGUGUAUAUGGGGCAUGUUGUCGCGGCGCAAUCGACCCAUAGUAUCGCAUACAGGCCGGCUGCAUGGCUGGCCACUGUCUGACUGUCCACUGACGUGCUGUCGGUGCAGUAGCGAGCGAUGCACUCGACUCACGAGAUAUCUGAAUGACGGCUGUACGUCGACGUGAUUCUGUGAUUAUUACUCAUAUUAUUAUUAGUUCGAAAACUGUAAAUGUGGGUUGUUGCAAUAAGAAAAUUCUUUUUGUGUGUAUAAAAUUGCAUUUUGCGAAGCAGCUGUAUGAAAUGCCCCGUGUAUAUGUAUAUUAGUUUAGUUGUGUAUGGUUUCACCAAAACACGAUACCGAUUAUAUUUAUAGAGGAAAUUAACACGAAACAAGUCGCGAUUAGCAAAUUCGAGUGUCGACAAUAAUUUAUUGUUCUAAUGGUAACAAUUAAUGUACAAAAUACUCCGAGUAAGUUGUCAAUAGCCCGCACAUAUGUUGUAAGUAGACAGAUUGUUCCGCUGUGAUGCAGUGUAGCGGUGAAACUGUAAUGGUAGGCUUACGUUUGGUUUAAUUCGUGUAACUUGUAACUACGUACCGGCAGGUACUGGCCGAGAACUAACUCUACAAUAUUGGGUAUUUUAUGUUUUAAUUUAGCUUAUAGGGGCUUGUGUAAACAAGUUGAAACUAUUAACAUGUUUUAAAAUUCGAUAUGUGGGUGAUCAGGGGAUAUAGCACAGAUGUUGCUUAAGUUUCUCUUCAAUAAUAAUCAAAUAGUUUAUUAUUAGAUGAAAAAUUGUAAAUAAACAUCCAAAUAUCCCUUUUUUA